GACGAACAGGCUGAGGUGAGGCAGACUCCUGAUGAAGAUCAUCAUGUUUCCACAGGUGUGGACUGGACUCCCGGGUGAGACGGUGAGCUGUGCUUGUGGCCAGACGAGACGAGACCUUUAAGUACAUACCUUUUGGAUUUCUCGGUCACGUGACUCGCUAUCUCCAACCUGCCUUCUCGCAGCCGGCCGCGAGCUCUCACCAUUGAAAAAAAGAGGAUGGCAGAGGCUCCCAUGUCAUGUGAUUGUUUUGUUUCCUUGCCCCCUGGAUCUCGCGAUGACCAUGUGAUUUUUGGGAAGAACUCAGACCGACCCCGGGAUGAGGUGCAGGAGGUGGCCCACUACCUUGCAGCAUCCCAUCCUCCGGGCUCCAUACUGGAGUGCACAUACAUCCAGAUCCCUCAGGUGGAGCAGACCCACGCUGUCGUCCUCAGUAAACCUGCUUGGAUGUGGGGCGCUGAAAUGGGAGCCAAUGACCAGGGAGUCUGUAUCGGGAAUGAGGCUGUCUGGACCCGAGAGCCCGUCACCCCCGGAGAGGCUCUGCUGGGCAUGGACCUCGUCAGACUUGGGUUGGAGCGCGGUGACAGCGCCUGGGCGGCUCUGACGGUGAUCACAGGCCUCCUGGAGGAGCACGGCCAGGGGGGGCAGUGCAGGGAGGACCCCGAGCCCUUCAGCUACCACAACACCUUCCUCCUGGUGGACCGCACCGAGGCCUGGGUCCUGGAAACUGCUGGACGGCUGUGGGUGGCGCAGAAGGUCACAGAGGGUGUAAAGAACAUCUCCAACCAGCUGACCAUCGGUGCCGAGGUCUCCGCCGAGCACCCGGAGCUGCGGAGCGUGGCUCAGGCUCAGGGCUGGUGGGACGGCGAGGGAGAGUUCAACUUCUCUCAGGUGUUUAGUCCGGAGGAUCCGCCUGCCAGGAUGGAGCUGGCCAAACAGCGCUACAAGGGAGGGACAGAGCUACUCCAGCAACAUGAUGGCUCAGUGACGGCAGAGGUGAUGAUGUCCAUUCUGAGGGACAAGCCCAGCGGCAUCUGCAUGGAUUCAGGAGGUUUCUGUACCACGGGCAGCAUGGUGUCUGUCCUGCCCAGAGACCCCAGCCUGCCCUGCAUCCACUUCUUCACUGCCACCCCUGACCCCUCCAGGUCUAUAUUCAAGCCUUUUGUCUUCUCGGACUUUUACACUCCAGUGCCGAGGGUGGUCUCCCCACAGUUCGGCCCAGACGACCCUGUCAGGAAGCAGCCGCGCUUUCAGAGCCAGGUGGACCGCAGACAUGACCUGUACAAGGCCCACCAGGUGGCGCUCAACACCAUGGAGACCAACCCGGACGAGGGUUUAGCUGCCUACGAGAUCCUGAGGGAACUGGAGUCGCAGUGUGUCAGUGAGAUUUCAGCCAUGCUGAGUGGAGAGAUCCCAGAGGAGGAACUGGGGGACUUGUUUUUUGACUGCGUGGACACAGAGAUUAAGUUCUACCAAUGAGGAGCGCCCUCAGGUGGACAUCCCUAACGCUCGCAGAGUUGCAGGAGAGCGCCCUGGGACUGUUGUGUGUGUUCCUGUCUGACUGGCCUCUCCCUCACUCUCACAACACUCGUCCCUGACACCAUUCCAUCUUUAACACGGACUAAAUGUCUAAACUGCACUUGUGAUUGGAGCAAAUUCAUCAUCUGUAUCACCCAGGGAGCCAUGAGUGCACCUCGUUAGUGAGUAGGCCUUUAAUGAUGUAGACUACACAAGCGCUUGUAUGUAGAGCGAGCUGUGUGAAGUUGCACAAAUACUGUGAGAGUGGCGUUUGUUUAACUUUUUUGUUUGUUGUUGCAAAUGAGUGGGUUGUCAUUUGAUGGCUGCCUGUAGGGAAAGAUUUAAUAAAGAAUGUGCUUAGUCUG